CCAUGGAAGUAAGAAAAAAAAAUUUAAAAAUUCGCAUACAAAUUUUCAAAUUUUUUCACCACUCAUCACAAUAAAUACACGAUUUCAUAACACGCAACACAUUUCACUACGACAUAUUUUAUGUUUUCGAAAAGCGUUCCUGUCUAUAAUUCUGCAACACGUUUAUUUAUAGUUGAGGAUCAUGAACAACAUCUUCGAAAGGCUUUGGAGGAGGUCGGAUGAAGAUAACUCGGACGAGUUCAGAUCUAAUUCCGUAUCGAAUUCGAACUUAUAUUCCAAGUUGGACGGAAAACUGAAAAAGGGCACGUUCAGCGAGGACUCGUACAGGUUCGGUAGGAAGUACGGCUACGCGCCCGCGGGUCCUUCGUCGAGCGGGAUCGGCCACAUCUCCGAGAACAUAGAGAUGCUCCAUAAAUUGGAAAACUUAGAGAGAGAGGUCGAAUACCAAAAAGAGCACAUCGCCAAAAUCUACACCGAAUGGGAACACCUCAAAUCCCAGCUUAUCGCCCAGACGUUAUUCUGCGCUUCCGUGGGCGGAUGCAUAGGAACGAUGUUUUGGAAAGGUGCCGUCGACCGGGAGGGUGUCAAGUACACGCUCAGCUCGUCUAAAAUAUCGGAAUUCUUCAAAUUUACAAACGGGAUUCUCAACUCUUUCAUAUCCGUUUAUAAAGAGAAUAUGCCGAACUUGGAGAGCGAAGAAUCGCAGUUCGUCCUCUCUGUCUGCGGCUGCAUAGCCAACAUAUCCGCCGUCACCCAGGGGGCGAGAAAGAUCAUCACGGAUAUAAACGGAAAAGAACUGGUCGAAACUCUGAUUAAUAUUCUACCUGCAAUUCCAAAACCAGCAGGCGAUUCACUGAAAAGGGUGUUACUUGCGAUCCUUUACAAUAUCGGAAUGAUCGGCACCGGUCUGAAAAUGAUCCAGACGAGGCAGACCUUGCUUCAGGCGUUAGCCGAGAUACUACAGACGAGACGUCAGAACGAGCUCGUACUUAUCGCUCUUCGCUUAGUAGAGCUGUUCACGAGCGGGAUCCCCACGACAGACUACCUCUUCCUCUUGAUCAAAAUCGUCGGCAAAGAUGUGAUCGAGCCGUACAAGACGUCGGACUCUUUGGAGAUCCGCAUGUGCGCCGAGAGCAUAUUAAUCAACUUCAGCGAGGCCGAAUUCCAGCUGGGCAUCCCGUUUCAGUUUACAUGGCGUUCUGUACCUUUGAUACAAGACAGCUCAAAAGACCCCAAUAUGACCUGACUGCCAACGUGAGAACCGAUGUCGUCUAUCAAAAUCGUCGAAUUAUUGUACGAUUGGAAUACACAACUCAAAACAAUUAUACGUUCACAAUCA